AUGGCUCACCACAGUGACAACGGGGUCAAUCCCCUGAGACCCUACUACAUUCCCCCUUCGAUCGGCGAACCUCCCGAGUCCCUCCCCACACCACCCGGCCCAAAAGCCUUCGCCCAAGCCGGCAACUCAACCGGCCAGUAUGCUAGUAAGGCACGCGACCUCUUUUCCGACAUCGACUACAAGAACUACAUAGCCGAGCCUUCGCCAUCAGUUGUACAGACAGUCAAGGAGGUGCUGGACGAGCUGCUAUGGAAGUACUCGUCGGUGCUGAUGGCCCAACCCUUCGAUGUGGCCAAGACCAUCAUGCAAGUCAGGAAACAGGAUGAUUUGGGAGGACUAGCAGCUGCCGCUGAGGAAGCAGAGGAGGCAAGGCGACAGCAAGCACAAGCAGCGGCUGCUGCUGCUGCGAAUCCGUGGAAUACUCAGUUUGACGACGAGGAACAAGUCCCCGACUCAGACUCGGAUGCCGAUGAAAUGGCAUAUUUCACCUCAAACCAACCACGAACUCCCUCUCCAACAGCUACCCGCGGGAGACCGAACCCAAUGACCCCACUUGAUACCCCACGAACGCCUGGAAAGCCAGCCCCUGUACCGGCACAUCAACUGGCCAUUCGAACCCCCGACUCUGUGUUGGAAGUUAUCGCACAGCUAUGGCAGAAGGAAGGUGCGUGGGGUGUUUGGAAGGGUUCAAACGUGACCUUUAUCUACUCGGUACUCCACUCGUUACUGGAGAACUGGUCCAGGAGUCUACUCAGCGCCCUUCUCAACGUACCAGACCUCGGCGUCAAGAACGAUGCCGACCGGUUGAUUGAUAUCGCCGCACCAUAUCCAUGGGCCUCUCUUUGUGUGGCUGCCGCCGCGGCGGUUGUUACUGGCCUGAUCCUCUCUCCCCUGGAUCUGAUCCGCACACGCAUGAUUAUCACAUCCACCUCUCGCGCUUCCAGGCGCACCUUGACCGCCCUCCGCAGCCUCCCCUCCUACUUCUGCCCCUCCGCCGUCUUUUUCCCAACGGUCCUCCACUCCCUCGUCCACCCUCUCCUUACCCUUUCAACACCCCUUGUUCUCCGAACACAAUUCAUGAUCGACAGGGAGAUUGCUCCCGCGAGCUUCUCCAUCGCCAAAUUCUGCUCCUCGGCUGUAGCGCUGUGCAUCAAGCUCCCACUCGAGACGGUCCUCCGCAGAGGUCAGGUCGCGGUCCUCAACACACCAGAGUACCUCCAAGCUCUCGAGGCGCCUCCUCCUGUCAAGGGCAAGAAGAGUGCUGUGGCACCGCCAGAAAGUUUGGAGACUAUUGUCCCUGUUGGGAAAUACAAUGGUGUGUUUGGGACGAUGUACAGUAUUGUCAAUGAGGAGGGGUCGCAUGCUGUUGUUAAGCCUUCGAAGGUGGUGGAGACAGCGAGGGGAAGGAAGAAGGGUGGGAAGCAGGCAAAGGAGCAGCAGUCGAUUUCGGAGACGGUGUAUAGACGGGGUCAGGGGUUGAAUGGGUUGGCGAGGGGUUGGAAUGUGAAUUGGUGGGGGCUGGUUGGGCUUUGGGUUGCGGGGGUGAUGGGGGCUGGUGGGGAUGGGGAGUUUUAA